GGGAGGUCCCGGGGGAGGAUGGAGCAGUGAGCGGGUCUGGGCGGCUGCCGGCAGCGCCAUGGAGACGGUGCAGCUGAGGAACCCGCCGCGCCGGCAGCUGAAAAAGUUGGAUGAAGAUAGUUUAACUAAACAACCAGAAGAAGUGUUUGAUGUCUUAGAGAAACUUGGAGAAGGGUCCUAUGGCAGUGUAUACAAAGCUAUUCACAAAGAGACCGGUCAGAUUGUCGCGAUUAAGCAAGUUCCUGUGGAAUCAGAUCUGCAGGAGAUAAUCAAAGAAAUCUCUAUAAUGCAGCAAUGUGACAGCCCUCAUGUAGUCAAAUAUUAUGGCAGUUAUUUUAAGAAUACAGACUUGUGGAUUGUUAUGGAGUACUGCGGGGCUGGUUCUGUGUCUGAUAUCAUUCGAUUACGAAAUAAAACGUUAACAGAAGAUGAGAUAGCUACAAUAUUACAAUCAACGCUUAAGGGACUGGAAUACCUUCAUUUUAUGAGGAAAAUACACCGAGAUAUCAAGGCAGGAAAUAUUUUGCUAAAUACAGAAGGACAUGCAAAACUUGCAGAUUUUGGGGUAGCAGGUCAACUUACAGAUACCAUGGCCAAAAGGAACACAGUGAUAGGAACACCAUUUUGGAUGGCUCCAGAAGUGAUUCAGGAAAUCGGAUACAACUGUGUGGCAGACAUCUGGUCAUUGGGAAUAACUGCCAUAGAAAUGGCUGAGGGAAAGCCGCCAUAUGCCGAUAUCCACCCAAUGAGGGCGAUCUUCAUGAUUCCUACCAACCCUCCCCCCACAUUUCGAAAGCCAGAACUGUGGUCCGAUAACUUCAUGGAUUUUGUGAAGCAGUGUCUUGUAAAGAGCCCUGAGCAGAGAGCCACAGCCACUCAACUCCUACAGCACCCAUUUGUCAAGAGUGCCAAGGGAGUGUCCAUACUGCGUGACUUAAUUAACGAGGCCAUGGAUGUGAAGCUGAAACGCCAGGAAGCCCAGCAGCGGGAGGUGGACCAGGAUGACGAGGAGAACUCUGAGGAGGAUGAGAUGGACUCCGGCACGAUGGUUCGAGCAGCAGGUGAUGAGAUGGGCACCGUCCGGGUAGCCAGCACCGUGAGUGAUGGAGCCAGCACUAUGAUCGAGCACGGGGACACGUUGCCGUCACAGCUGGGCACCAUGGUGAUCAACGCAGAGGACGAGGAAGAGGAAGGGACCAUGAAAAGAAGGGAAGAAACCAUGCAGCCUGCCAAACCAUCUUUCCUUGAAUACUUUGAACAAAAAGAAAAGGAAAAUCAGAUCAACAGCUUCGGCCAGAGUGUACCUGGUCCCCUGAGGAACUCCUCAGAUUGGAAAGUGCCGCAGGAUGGAGACUAUGAGUUUCUUAAGAGUUGGACAGUGGAGGACCUUCAGAAGAGGCUCCUGGCCCUCGACCCCAUGAUGGAGCAAGAGAUUGAAGAGAUCCGGCAGAAGUACCAGUCCAAGAGGCAGCCGAUCCUGGACGCCAUUGAGGCUAAGAAGCGGCGGCAACAGAACUUCUGAGGGAGGCCUGGAGCACCCGCCCGCACACCAGCCGUGGGUGAACUCGGGCUGCUCGCCGCUCGGGCUUGGUAGCCGACACCCCUGCCCCGUCAUUUCUCCACAGCACCUUCACCUUCGUGAGCUCAGGAAGUGCGCCAGUGGGAAGGGCUGCCUGCCAUCAGCGUGCCACCUUGUGUAUGUAUUUCAGUUGGUCAGUGAUAUUAUUUCAAAGGAUUCAUAUCGGCGCUUUUAAACUCAAGAGUUUUAAACCCCAGGAACAGAAACUCCAGGAUGAGUGAUAGCUGGGAAAGUGUUACAUGUUGUCUUGUCUUUCUUCUCCCAAUAGCUUUCGAUUGUUCUUUCUGGAAGACUUUUUAAAAAUAUAUAAAUAUGCACAUAUAUAUAAAUUAUAAUGGGAUUCCCCACUGAGUGUGGUGGCAUCUCUGUACAGGUACAGUUUUAAGCAGUUGGCCUCUUUUCUGUAAGAUUAUGGUACUGUGGGGCAGGGGGGCAGGGGGCGCCGGGAGGCUGUUGGGGUCACUCUGCUCCCAGGACCCAACCUCACCCUUCUGCAGGGCUGCAUUUAAAAAUUAGGUUUGGGCCAGUUCUUCCCCAUGGUUUCAGCCUUGUGUGGGUCAUGUCUGGCUUCUGGAGCUGUGGACCAUGUCCAAGGGAAAGCCUUGAGAAUCUGUGUUUACUUCUUGAGCCCCAGGAGAAGCCUGGCAUCCUCUUUGCAAACUGCCCCUUGUGGCUUCAACGCCUUCUGUCCAUCUGCACUCUCCCAACCACCUAGAGUCACAGCACAGUUACUGCCCAGUGCCUUAAGAGGAGACGUGACCCAGUGCGGGGACAGGCCUGCCAGGACCUCUCCACACACACAGGGCUGUGUGCAGUCCGCAGAACGCAGAAGGGAAAGUGUGUCCAGAGUUCUCGUUGUUCAUGCGAAGAUCGCACAGGGGCAUUUUGCUCCGCCUUCUUCACAGACAGGGGUAGAGGGCAUUGCUUUUAUGAUCACAUUCCAAUAUGUGACUGUUUUCUUUUUGCUUUUACUGCUGAGGGAUCUGGAAAGGAUACAUGAAUAUCAGACUGAGAUCUCUUCCCCAGGAGGCUCCGUGCAGGCCCACAGAAUGCUAGAGCUGGAAGGGGCCCUAAGGCAUCGUCUGGCCUGACUGAGGCUCGGAGAGGGGAAGUGACAGGGUGACCAAAUCACAAAGCAAGUUGAGGUAGGGGCUGGGACGAGACCAGAGCUCCUCGCUCCUGGGCCACUGAUCCAAGCAUUCCUUUCCCCGAGGGGAGAAACCUGUGUCCAUUUGGGUCAGGUUGUCCCAAGGACCCUACCGAGGGAAGCUUGCUUGGGCUUGGUCUCUUCCGUGGAUGACCGUGGUGGGACCCCCCCGGAGAGCCAGGUGGCUCAGGCUCGGCCAGUCUGCGACUCUGCGGCCUCUGGCAGACAACGGACAGUGCCAUGCAGGCGAUCUCGGGCGUCAGGCAGAUCAGAGGGCUUCCCAAACCACAACACUGAGCCAUCCCUCUGCAGCAUGACGUGUGGUCGCACAGCAAAGAGGAGACAGUGAGGAAAGGCAAAUGUCUGCUUAUUUUUUAACAUCUCUUCCCCUUAGGUGGGGGGGUCCUGAUUCAGCUGCACCUAAAGAUAGGGUAAUUUGACUCCAUAAUUGCUUUUGCUUCCCAAACCUGAAAAUCGAUGGAAUGGCAGGGAAUGUUCCUCUUCUUUGGCCAGAUUCUGUUCUUUGCAAUUAAAGCCAGUUUUUAAAAAUGUAAGAGGCAAUGGUUGGUCUGCAGGGUUUGGCCAGUUAGGCGGCAGAUACAGAGAACAGAUGACACUUGGGGGAUCCCACUAGAAGAAUCAAUGGCAGCUAGCAUUCGUUGACCACUUAAUAUAUGCCAGGCACUGAGCUAGGUGGGCUUUUUAUAGAUCCGAACUUCACAAUAACCCCGUAAGUUAAGUACUUGAUCUCCACUUCAUAGGUGAAGGAGUAAGUUCAGAGAGAAAAAGGCAAUGUAUCUCCCAAGGCAACAUGGCUAGUAAGCGGCAGAAUCAGGAUUCAUAGCAUCACCAUGUGGGACCAGUAUUCACAGGGAAAAGGAAAAUCACAAGUCUUUAAAGUGAAGUGACCACCUUUUCUUGCAGAGAAUAGAUAACUCCAACUGGCAGUUUUAGGUUGGAAAACGGCUGAGUUAGUCAAGUCUGACAGCCGGGUGAGUCUCACCAACCUAGCAUGGAGGGUGCAUUCCCCCACACCAUCUGCUGUGCUCGCGAACAGGCCUGCCUCAGCCUCUUCCAUUUUAGAAAGGACUUUGUACUUGGCCAGACAGGAGGGGAAGUGCCCAUUUCUUCCUUCCUGAGCUAGAUCCAAGUAAAAGAAGAUUUCAGUUUUUCCCCAUAAAUAUUCUUGGGUCAUGAAUCUUGAUCCGGAGUGUAUUCUGUUCCAGGCAUGUGUGCACCCCACCAUGCUGGCCCAGCACAGACCACUGUUCCCCAGUCUAGCUGGACAGACCCUCUGGCCAGGAGUCAGUUUCUUUGGACCAGGUCCGUGUCCUGGCCCGGUGGAUUUGUUUCCUAGUGAUGCAAAGGCAGAGGGCCGGUCCUCAUUUUCCCCGUGAGCACUCACUUCAGGGUAGGUCAGCGUGCUUUCCUUGAGCCCUGAGCUUCAGCAUCUGUGACUCGAGCUCCCAGGGAACUCUGUGGCCUUCACCUCUUCUCUCCUUUUAAGAAACAAUGACCCACACCCAAUUGUAUCUUUAAAAAAUCUCAAAUUCUCUAAGGAUAUCUUGAUUGCUUCCUCAUCAGUAAUUUUGAAGCAAAUUUCUAUUUUUCCUUUGUCCCUUCUCCCAGCCACCAGCUGGAUGGAUGGAUAGAUGGAUGAAUGCAGGUUGGGCUGGCUGGCUGGCUGGCUAGGUAGGUAGGUAGGUAGGUAGGUAGAUAGAUAGAUAGAUAGGACCAAUACUCUGAAGCAACUUAAGAGCUAUAACCUUGAAUCCCUGAGACUGUAUAUUCUGACCCAGAAAACAAUUAUUUAGCACCUGCCAGAUGCCAGAGACUUAUUAUACCAUUUAAAUUUCAGUAGCUCUUACCAGUAUCAGAAAUGAGAGAAGUGACAUCAUUAUAGCUCCUACAGAUAUUAAAAGGCUAAGAACAAUGUCAUGAACAACUUUAUGCUAAUAAAUUCAUCCACUUAAACAAAAUGGACAAAUUCCCUGAAAGAUACAAAACACCAAAGCUCACUCCAUAGAUCAUCUAAAUAGCCCUAUAUCUAUGAAAACUUAAAGGUGUUAUGGUCCUCAUUUUACAGAUAAGGAAACUGAGGCUCAGAGAGGUGAAGUCUGUUGCUCAAGGUCAUGCAGCUCAAAUAUGGCGGAGCUCAGAUUCCAAUGCAGGUCUUCCGAUUCUGAUUCCAGUGCCCUUUCUAGCAAACCACAUUGCCUCUAAAGAUUGCAACUCCUCAGCCUCUCACCCCAUCCUUUCUUACACACUGUGUGUUUUCAUCAGGAUUGUAUUCAUUGUAUUUAGACUCCAUGUUCUUUUUUGUGUUUGGGGGAAAAAGAAUCUCUUCCACCAGCUUGCACUCGAACCAACUUGGAAAAAGCUUAAAUGCUGUUGCUGAUGUGUACAGCUUAAAAAUGUGAAGUUUGUAGCUUUAACUUUUUGUAAUAAAAACUAAUAACACUGGCUUAAGUGCUGACUUGAAAUGCUAUUUUAUAAAGUUUGGAUGUAAAUAAUCGAGGUCAGCAGUUUGUAUAUGUGUGAGACAUAGCUUCCUCCCUGCACCCCCUUUUUUUAAUUUGAGGUGCUUCUUGUGUGCUUUUAUGUUAGAAUUAUUGUUCUCCCUACUUCCCACACAUUGCCACCUUUGUUUUAAAUAAACUGUCCUUUGGAACACAA